AUGGCUCUCCCUUGUGAGAUGAUUGCGGAGAUACUUUGUCGAUUACCCGUUAAGCCUCUUCUUCGAUUUCGAUGUGUGUCGAAAGAAUGGUGCUCUCUUAUUGAUAGCAAUGCUUUUGCCAAGAAACAGAUUAAGAAUGCCCUUGAUUGUAAUGCUGGUGUUGGUGUUAUGAUAUCGAAACUUGAUUUUGGGGGUGAAAAAAGGGUUUAUUUAGCAGGUUUCGAUUCGUUGGAUGAUGAAUCUGUUUCUGUUGUGGAAAUUGAUGGUCCACUCAAGGCUUUUCUCUCUGUUGCUCAUGUUGUGGGUUCUUCAAAUGGUUUGAUGUGUGUGAUCAAAUAUGUAACGAAGGAUGUGUUUUUGUUGAAUCCGACGACUAGAAAGACUAGGAAAAUAGCCUGCGCGCCACCUGAGUUUCCGCGUUCCUUUAGGAUGGGUGAUAGUCAUUUUUUUGGAUUUGGAUAUGAUGAGGUUAGUGAUGAUUUCAAAGUAGUCUUGAUUGCAAAGUGUUAUCGGCAGUUUCAUGGCUUGAUAGCUGUGGUCUACAGCUGCAAGACCAAUGCUUGGACACGGGUUCAGGAUGUUCCUAGUAACAUUCAGUUGCUUGGAACUAUGGGUUUGUUUGCAAGUGGUUCUUUGCAAUGGAGGGCAACUACAAUCGGAAAGAUACGCAAGCAUAUUAUUGUUGCCUUUGAUCUUCAACGUCAACUGUUUAAGGAGGUUCCUUUUUCACCUACUGAGACUUGUGCCGAUUUCAAUUAUUUGGUUAAUGCCGGUAAUAUCUGUGUAUUCUUGAACCCUUUAAUUCUAGAUGGAAUGUGUGGUUGA